UUAAAGAGAUAGCAGAUGCGAGAUCUGAAGUUAAAAAUAAAUCAUUAGAAUCAAUAAAAUUUACUUGUGUAUCUAAAGAUCCACAAGUAUGUGGUUGGAAGUAAUUACAGAUGCUUACCAAUAGAAAUUAAGAUUUUAUCACGGACGGUCCCACGAAAUAUAUCAUGGGAAUGCAAAUGGGUCUUUCUUGUUUAUGAAGAUGUAUUUGGUUAAAAGUAAUUAAAAAUGCUGACCACUAUAAGUUUAACUUUUUACUCAGAUAAUUCCAAGGAAUAAAUCAUUGGGAAAGUAGUUAUAAAUUUGUUGGUGAAAAGCUGGAUUUGGUUAGGAUUAAUUAAAGACGCUGACUACUGGGAAUUGAGCUUUGAAACCCGGGACAGUUAAUCUGGUAUGAAAUGAGCGGAUGACGGACAUACGCCAGACAAGAGCUGGAUUGUGUCUGUCUCUGUUUCAUUUUAUACAGGUAAGAUUAUUUUGUAGACUUGCGCGUUUUUGUAAAAUUAUUAAGUUUUCAGAUGGUUUAGUUUAUCUACUUUAGUUUAUUUACAUAUUUAAAUAGUUUUUAUUGUAACACAGUAAUCUUUAUUAUAAGGUUUAGUAUUGUGUGUAAAAUUAUUUAUUUCAUGUAAUCGGAUUUUUUAUUUAAUAAAAGACAAGAGCUGGAUUGUGUCUGUCUCUGUUUCAUUUUAUACAGGUUGAGAAUUAGAGCCUGUGAGCCGCUCUGGUCAAGAAAGGUCCUCUGGUCAAAAGGAACGGGAUAUUGAAGAUAAAAUAAAAUACAAAAAAAAAGAAACUGAAUUGAGUCGGUCCGACCCAGCUCAAGGAUUAUUUGAAUUAUUUCACUUGGCAUCUCCUCUCACAGAAAUAGCCAAGAUCCCGGGUGUAAAUGAACAAACGUAUAAUCGGCCCAACGUCAUUCGGGACUCUGCCUCCUCAAACUUUGAUGGUUGAGGUUUAGCAAAAAAGCUUCAUAUAGGCCGGAGUCCAGGAUGAGGUUGACCUGGUUAUAAUAAGUGGUAGAGAAUCCGAUUUUCUUAUACAAAUAUAUGGAAAAUUUGCCAGCGCCAAAGACUGAAACACCAUUGCAGCGUUUGAGGCGGGCAGUUUCGCGAGUGCCUUUGUUUCCCCGGAAGAAAUUUGUGCAACCGGAUUUAGAUGACAGGGAAAUACUGUUUAACCCGGAUACGUAUCAUCCUCGUCUAAUUUCUCCUGGAUCAAUAUCUAACACACAUCCCGACGGGUCUGCACGUAAAGAGGAAGUUCGGGACCUCAAGGAUUUGGAGACUGAUUUACGUUUAGAAGACGAGUUUUAUAUUCCCGACAUUGGUGACAUAUCACCGCCGCAGUUACAUAGCGACAAUUCCUUUAAUAACUUUGGGAUAAUUCCAGACGUUAAUCGUAACUUCUCUACGUCGCCCCCCAGUGAAGGAUUAACCAGCAAUCCAACUGGUAUUUGGGACGAGAGACGAAACGAGGACCAAAGACGAAACAAAGACCAGAGACCAGACGAGGACCAGAGCCGUCAAACCAACGACGAGGCCAAGAGACCAGACACUCCCUGGGAAGAACCAAUACAAGUAAAUAAACUAGGACUCACAAAUUUUGAUGACUUGGUGAGAAUCGCAAGUCCAGUACAGCAGCCUACUACAAAUUCAGUGCAGCAGCCCAUUACAGGUCCAGUUCAGCAGCCUAUCGCAAGUCCAGUGCAGCCGCCCAAAAGACCAAAAAACUCUCGGGCAAACCGAACUUAUAAUAUAUCAUUUGCAUUAUUUAAAUGA